AAGGAGCACCACGGAUGCAGAAUCAUGAUCAAUCUCACUGCUUCUCAUUUCCCAAUUGCACGAUCCCAAACCGAGAGAGAGUGAAAAAUGUCGUUUUUUCACCACCACGGCGGCUACGAAGGCCAAGGGGACAAGGUCGACGACUUCGACGAGUACGACCCCACCCCCUACGGCGGAGGCUACGACAUCGCCCUCACCUACGGCCGUCCUCUCCCUCCCUCCGAAGAGACCUGCUACGCCAUCGGAGACUCUUCCUCCGCCGACGACAGCUUUGACUACGAUCGCCCUCAAUACAGUUCCAACGCUGAACCCUCUGCUUAUGGAGAUGAAGCCCUCGUCACCGAGUAUAGCAGCUACUCUCGCCCCAAACCUAGGCCUGCACCUGCUGGCUUCAACCCCGCCGCUGGAUCCGGCUAUGGUGGAUCCGGGUCGGAAUACGGAUCCGGGUAUGGUAGGAAGCAGGAAUCUGAAUACGGGUCAUCCGGGUACGGCGGGAGAAAGGAGGAAAGUGAAUAUGGGUCUGGGUAUGGUGGGAGAAAGGAGGAAUCGGGAUAUGGGUCUGGUUAUGGAGGUAGAAAGGAGGAAUCAGAAUAUGGGUCUGGUUAUGGAGGUAGAAAGGAGGAAUCGGAAUAUGGGUCUGGUUAUGGAGGUAGAAAGGAGGAAUCUGGAUAUGGGACUGGUUAUGGAGGGAGAAAGGAGGAAUCGGAAUAUGGGUCUGGUUAUGGAGGUAGAACAGAGGAAUCUGAAUAUGGGACUGGGUAUGGUAGGAAGCAGGAGUCAGGUUAUGGAUCCGGGUAUGGUGGUAGGAAACAAGAAGGUGAAUAUGGGUCGGGAUAUGGUGGAAGAAAGGAGGAGUCUGAAUAUGGAUCUGGGAAUGGUGGGAGACAAGAGGAGUCUAACUAUGGAUCCGGGUAUGGAGGAAGCAGGCCAGAAUCUGAAUACGGGUCGGGGUAUGGUGGCAGGAAGGAAGAAUCUGCAUAUGGGUCUGGGUAUGGUGGAAGAAAAGAGGAAUCAGAAUAUGGAUCCGGGUAUGGUGGAAGGAAGGAGGAGAGUGAAUAUGGAUCCGGGUAUGGUGGAAGGAGGCAAGAAUCUGAAUAUGGAUCCGGGUAUGGUGGAAGAAAGGAGGAAUCAGAAUAUGGAUCUGGGUAUGGUGGAAGGAAGAGUAGUGGGUAUGGGGAGGAACAGCAAGGAGGUGUUGAGUAUGGUUAUGGGCGUCCACCUCAGGAGGAAGGCUACCGAAAGCCUAGCUAUGAGAGGCGUGAUGAUGAUGAUGAUGAGGGCUAUGGACGCAAGAAAUAUGGUGGUGAUUCGGAUGAUGAUGAUGAUAGGAAGAAACAUCACCACAAGCAUCACCAUCAUCACCAGAGUUAUGACGAUGAGUAAUCAAAAUGCCAGUGGUUGCUGUUUGAAUGAAAGUCACCCCAUAAUUACCUACUAAAUAAAGGGUUGACAGCAUUAUACCUUUGUGUGUUUAGACUAUUACUAUGAUGUCUUGAGCGUUAAGCACUGUUGGUCUAAACUAAAUGUGAGGUCAUUGGCUAUCGAGUGAUAAUAUUAUUCCUAAUGUUCGAGUUUGUGUGUUAAUGUAUUUUCACUUUUCAAAGUUUGAAUGCAUUUGAUCGUCAUAGUUGGAUUUAUUA